AGAUGACUAAUGACGUUUGUCAAACUUAACCGACAUAACCUCUUUCCACGGCGAUCAUUUUUAGAAGGUCGACCGUAUUUUUGAAAUAAUUUUAUUUCAGGAAAUAUUUAGGGCAUCCUAAAUAAUUAUAUAAGAAAAUAUGGUGCAGAAAAAACCGAAGAAGAAGGUCGGUAAGAAGGUUGCCGCGGCCCCCCUGGUUGUUAAGAAGGUGGAGCCCAAAAAGGAGGUAAACCCUCUUUUUGAAAAGAGACCAAGGAACUUUGGAAUUGGUCAGGAUAUUCAACCAUCUCGCGAUCUUUCCAGAUUUGUAAAAUGGCCCAAGUACAUCAGAAUUCAGAGACAGAAAGCAGUGCUUCAGAAAAGAUUAAAGGUUCCUCCACCAAUCAACCAGUUCACACAGACCUUAGAUAAGCAAACAGCAACACAGUUGUUUAAAAUAUUGGAAAAAUACAGACCAGAAAGCAUUAUUCAAAGGAAUGAAAGGUUUAAAGCUAUAGUCGACUCGAGGAAACAGGAUAAGGAAUAUGUCCCUAGCAAGCGCUUGUUUGUACGUUUUGGCACAAACACCGUAACAAAACUGGUUGAACAGAAAAAGGCACAACUGGUAGUCAUUGCGCAUGACGUCGACCCAAUUGAGUUGGUCCUGUUCCUUCCAGCCCUCUGCAGAAAGAUGGGAGUACCAUACUGUAUAGUAAAGGGAAAAGCUCGUUUAGGCGUGCUGGUCAGGCGCAAGACCUGCUCGACCGUCGCUCUGACCCAGGUGGAUUCCGGCGACCGAUCCUCCUUCAACAAGGUGGUGGAGGCGAUCAAGACCAACUUCAACGACCGCGGCGACGAGAUCAGAAGGCACUGGGGCGGCGGUUUGCUCGGCUCCAAGUCGUCGGCGCGCGUGGCCAAGCUGGAGAGGGCCAAGGCCAAGGAACUGGCUCAGAAGCAGGGUUGAGGCUGAGGGGACCUUGGUGUUUUGUAAAAUCAAUAAAAAUACGUUUAUAAGUU